AGGUGCUUGGGGUGAGGUGCCAAAGGUUCCCUAUAAAGUACUGGGGCUCUGGCUUUGUCCACUCGCCCUCCAGCUCCUGUCCUGUUCUGCCCAGAGGGAGCUGCCCGUGACCACCAUGGUGAGGCUUGUACUGCCCAACCCGGGCCUGGAGGACCGAAUCCCCUCCCUGGGGCAGCUGGAGGUCAUGGAGAAGGAGGAGGCCAGCUCUCGGCCCAAGUGGGACAACAAGGCCCAGUACAUGCUCACCUGCGUGGGCUUUUGCGUGGGCCUGGGCAACGUGUGGCGCUUCCCGUACUUGUGCCAGAGCCAUGGCGGAGGAGCAUUCAUGAUCCCGUUCCUCAUCUUGCUGAUUGUGGAGGGCGUCCCCUUGCUGCACCUGGAGUUCGCCAUCGGGCAGCGACUGCGCAAGGGCAGCGUGGGCACCUGGAGCUCCAUCCACCCAGCCCUGAAAGGUGUAGGGAUUGCGUCCAUGUUCGUGUCCUUCAUGGUGGGCCUCUACUACAACACCAUCAUCGCCUGGGUCAUGUGGUACUUCUUCAACUCCUUCCAGGAGCCCCUGCCUUGGAGCUCGUGCCCGCUCAACGACAACCGGACAGGCUAUGUGGAGGAGUGCGCCCGCAGCUCAGCCGUGGACUACUACUGGUACCGGGAGACUCUCAACAUCUCUACCUCCAUCAGUGACUCUGGCUCUGUGCAGUGGUGGAUCCUGCUCUGCCUGACCUGUGCCUGGAGUGUCCUCUACGUGUGCACCAUCCGUGGCAUCGAGACCACCGGCAAGGCUGUGUACAUCACCUCGACGCUGCCCUAUGUUGUCCUGACCAUCUUCCUCAUUCGGGGCCUUACCCUGAAGGGAGCCACCAAUGGCAUCGUCUUCCUCUUCACACCCAACAUCACGGAGCUGGCCAACCCGGUGACUUGGCUGGAUGCAGGGGCCCAGGUCUUCUACUCCUUCUCAUUGGCCUUUGGGGGCCUCAUCUCCUUCUCCAGCUACAACUCUGUCCACAACAACUGUGAGAUGGACUCGGUGAUCGUGUCCGUCAUCAAUGGCUUCACAUCCGUGUACGCAGCCACCGUGGUCUACUCCAUCAUUGGCUUCCGAGCCACAGAGCGUUAUGACGACUGCUUCAGCCAGAACAUCCUGACGCUCAUCAACGGGUUCGACCUGCCUGAAGGCAAUGUCACCCAGGAGAACUUCUUGGAAAUGCAGCAGUGGUGCAACAACACUGACCCCGUGGCCUUCGCCCAGCUGAAGUUCCAGACCUGCGACAUGAACUCUUUCCUGUCAGAGGGCGUGGAGGGCACGGGGCUGGCGUUCAUUGUCUUCACGGAAGCCAUCACCAAGAUGCCGGUGUCCCCACUGUGGUCCGUGCUCUUCUUCAUCAUGCUCUUCUGCCUGGGCCUGUCCUCCAUGUUUGGGAACAUGGAAGGUGUGGUUGUGCCCCUGCAGGACCUCAAAGUUAUCCCGGAAAAGUGGCCCAAGGAGGUGCUUACAGGCCUCAUCUGCUUGGGGUCGUACUUCAUCGCGUUCAUCUUCACCCUGAACUCCGGCCAGUACUGGCUCUCCCUGAUGGACGGCUACGCCGGCUCCAUCCCCCUGCUCAUCAUAGCCUUCUGCGAGAUGUUCGCCGUGGUCUACGUGUACGGCGUGGACAGGUUCAACAAGGACAUUGAGUUUAUGAUCGGCCACAAGCCCAACAUCUUCUGGCAAAUUACAUGGAGAGUGGUCAGCCCACUGCUCAUGCUGGUCAUCUUCUUGUUCUUCUUCGUGGUCAAGGUCAAUGAAGAGCUGAUCUACAGUGUCUGGGAUCCUUCCUAUGAGGAAUUUCCCAAGUCCCAGAAGGUCUCAUACCCAGACUGGGUGUACGCCGUGGUGGUCCUCAUUGCUGGCGUGCCCUGCCUCACUAUCCCCUGCUUUGCCAUCUACAAAUUCAUCAGGAACUAUUGCCAGAGGGAAAAAAACCAGCAGCUGAUCAGCACCCAGUCCACAGCCUCUAUGAAUGGAGACCUGAAGUACUGAGCACAAUGUCCACGGCUGCACAUGUGCAUGUUCAUAUGCAUGUGUGAGCACGUGAGUGUGCACAUGGGAGAGAGAGAGUGUGCAUGUAGGUGUGCACAUAUAUGUGUGCACACAGGUUAUACAAGCACACACGAGCACACACACAUGUGCAUCCACGUGCAGGUCUCCACGAUUUUUGUGCACACAUGUAUUAGCAUGCAUACACACAUGCAUAUGCAUGUGUGGGGUGUGCACACACAUGACAAUACAUGCGCAUGAAUGGGCAUGCACAACCACAUGUGCAUGUGUGCCUAUAUGUGCGAGCUUGUGCACACAUGUGUGCACAAGAACACACAAGUUGGGUAUUUAUGAACAUACAUGUAUGACACAUGUAUAAUGUGUCCCAUGCAUGUGUGCAUACAUAUAAGUGUUCGUGUCUAAGUGCGAGUGUGUGUUUGUGUGUAAUUUAUAUGGACAUGUGCAUGCAAUAUGUGUGUGCAUGUGCACACAUGUUCGCAUACAGGUUGCUCCACAGCAUACACAUCCCCCAUGUGGGGCCUGGCUGCCCUUUUGGUUCCCUGUGUUCACGGAUGUGGUGGGGCCUGUGCUCACAUGCUGCCCUGCCUUCCAAAGGAAAGUCCAAAGCGACAGCAGGGAGGCCAUAACUGCUGUGCUCAUCCUAUGGGAGACAGCAACACUCCUUGGAACAGUCUUGCUGCCCCCCGUUUCCCUCACUGUUGACCCCUUGACCUAGGAGUUCUUGCAGUAAUGUUGUAAUUUACCCCACGACAAGGAGCCCUGUCUGGAAGAGGCCAUGGGGGUUUAGGCCCGUGAUACCUGCCUGUCCACCAGCUGGCAAAGAGUUCCUGAGUCUUGGCAGUGUUCCAGCUUAAUGAACACUAACCCAUUUAAUCAUUGCUCUGGCUGCCACAAAUAGAUGACAGUUAAAUAAAACUCAACUUGGCAUAAUUUAAGGCAGAAA